AUAAUAGCUUUAGCCUAAGAAGAAAUUGUUUAAUUACUUUUAGCAAAAGCAAAAUUCUUCUAUUAUUUAUCACACCUGGGAUGCCGCUGCUCCCUUUUUACUUGGCAGCAAAUGACAGCACCCCAGCCCCGCUCAGGCACCACUCGCCCAAGAGAAGAGUCUGGGGCGGCUACCUGGGAGCUCAGGUUGCUCCAAAGGCAGCAAACGGACUGCGGUAGCUGCCUGCCAGGAGUCCUGAGCAGCUCUCGGGCAUGGACACGCCUCCGACGUCAGCAGAACAUUUCGGGUAGGUGCCUUCGAGGACGCUGGGCCUGUGGCGUGAUGCUCGUGCCCUGGGACAGGAGGUCUGUGAGCCAGCCCAAGCAGAGAAAUGCACUGUGGCACCGAAGGGGCUGGGCUCUGGGGCAGUCUGACAGCUUUGGUGGGACUGCUGGGCUGACACUGGCGUGUUCACCAGGACCUCAGCUCACCGCUCUUGUGUCUUCCCUAAGCACAGCUGUCAGCGCUUUGCUGCCGAGGAUUGCCUGUGCGCAGCCUGCUGGGAGCAGGAAAUCCAGGCUGUUACCCAUUUUUCUGCAGCGCAGAGUCUCGCCAAGGCUGGCCUGAGCCCUGGGCCCAGUCUGGAGGACCAGGUGGAAGGACUGAACAUCACCAUGCGCGGAGAGGUGGCGGCAGCAGGAGCCGAGGUGCUGAAGGGCCUUUUGGAAGGCCUUGGCUCAGCUGGCAGGGGCCGGGCACAGAGCGUCUCUCCUGGCUCCGAGGGGACUCCUGCCCGCAGCUUUCUGCCUUGUUCAGGACCCUCGGCUUGGAGGGAGCUCCUGUUGUUUGCUGGGAGUGUGGGAAGAGCCAUUCGAGUAGGAGCAGCUCCUGGAGCCCCGGAGCCCCCCCGCCCGCUGUGUGCCCCCGCCCUGGGCGUGGCCCCCCCGCGCAUCACAAGGGGCACCAGUGGUGUCACGGACACCAGUGUCUCCCGGUGCGGCACUGUGCUGGCGCGGGCAGUGCUGGGGAGAGACGGGCUCUGGCAGGAGCACCCUGGCACGGGGACAUCGCUGCCCAGCCUCGGAAGGCCUUGCGGGGCCUUGCUCUUCCCCGUGCUGAGCGCUUCCACAGCCCAAGUGUCUGCCUGGCCGCAGCACGAUGGGCCAGCUGCCCUCCUGCUUCUCCCGGUGCGUGCCUGCUCUGUCCCUCUGGCACCGGGCACGGCCUGUUCCCGGCAGAGCCGCGUGCCUCACGCUCGCAACCGUGUCCUUUGCAGGGGCGGCUCUGGUGGCAGCCAGCUGGGUGCCCUCGUGUCCCGACGGCAUCCCGAGCUCCUCCGCUGCGACUGUGUGGAGGUGACCUGGCGUGGGAGGAAGAGGAGGAGAGACCUCCUGCUUUUCCAAGGCGCCCUUGCUUUUGCCAAGCGCAGAUGUGGCACCAGGUUCUGGCUGCAGCACAGGGUGCGUCUCAGCGAGCUGUGGGUGCUGUGCCAGGAGGAGGAGGCGUGCGCGUGUGCACAAGAAGAUGCAGCGUUGGGCCUGGACUGCAGCUGUACCCUCAUCCUCGUCUGGCCCACCAGCCUCUGCGGGGUCACUUUCGGCUCGCAAGAGGUGAAAGAACUCUGGCUGGACGCCAUCCUCAGGCAAAGCAGCACAGCCCAGGGAACGAGAGUGACCACACUGCCCUCGCUUAAUCUCCUUGUAUCGGUCUUGGGCCUCUGCAGAACUCCGGUGACGAUGACUGCCCAGAUCAUCGAGACUCUGGUUCAGUGCCAGGCAAAAGCUCAAAGGCACCGAGAAGACUGCAGUAGAGCCCUGGCCAAGCAGCAAGAGAGCCCAAGCAGCAAGAGAACCCAGAUGCAGCUGGAGCCCAAAGUGCCUGAGCCUGAGGACAGCAGCGAGCACGCUGAUGUGCAGACAGGUAGAAUGCUGUAAAGCUUUGAAUUUCAGGUCCAACUCAAAGCACGUGGAUCCAGAUGAACCUGGAAAAGGCAAUUCAUGGGGCAUUUGGGAGCGUCCCCUUGGGUUGCGGUUCUCUCACCGUUGCCCUGGUAACAUCCUGGAAUUCACCGCUUUGAACGUUAACACACGGGGCGAAUUAGGGUGACCUUUCCCAGAGGUUAGAUGACCUUUCUUCAGGUUUCAGUGCACCUCCUGGCACACAGGCCAGGGCUUCUUGCUUUGGUCUUUCCAGAUGCUCCUCAGACGUGGCCUGAGGUUUGUGAACAGUGCCACUGCCGGCGCCCUGCCAAGCCUGCUGCACUGCUGCCCGGCGGCCCCCAGGCUUUUCUCCAUUGGCAUUGGGUUUCUCCCAGAACGAGGUGGUCUGCGCUGAAAGUUUUGGUCUCUUACGGCCUGACUGAUGCAGGUUGUCUCGUGGCCUCUGUAGCCCUUCUUUUCUGAGCAAGGUCUCUCAGCUCUCCCGUAGGAGACAGGUCCAGUUCAGACCAAGUGCCCACAUUUCAGAUGUGCUCUCACCUCCAGGGCUCUUCUGGCCAAGGUAGGAAGGGAACGUGCAUGUUCUUCACGGUGAGAGCCGGCGCUCUGGACUGUGAUGACCGACAUCUGCUGAGUGACAAUGCUGCCGGGACCCUUCCCGAGGGGGGCAGCAGAUGGCAUCAGAGGGUCGCUCCUCACUUGGGGUGCAGGGUUUUGCCAGUUUCCUUCAGAGGAAUCAUUUUGCAGCACAUUCUUGGCAUGUAAUUUGGCCUGCGGAAUCAACAGGCAGAGUCGUGGCUGUUAAAGCUCAUCUGACCCCAACACGUGUCAUUCCUUAUGCCUUUGCUUUCCAGAGCUGUGUUCAGAUGAGCCUGAGGACCACGGAAUAGAGGCGGGCGUGGUAGGUCAGGCAGACGUGCCCCUUGAGCGACCACCCUCGUUGCUCUGCAGCCUGGCAGAGGGCAGAGGAGCCAUGGCCAGGGCAGCCGACGAAGGAGAGGCGGCGUUGUCUCGGCAGGAACCUCGCGAACGCCAGCAGACACAACCGCUGCAGGCACGGGAGGAGACCCCCGAGAAGUCGGCAGCUCGGGCGUUUGCUCAGCAGGUCUUUGCUGAGCUUGACCUGGUCUUGAAAAACCUUUGUGAGAGCAAGCGUUCUAAUGACCCCAUUGAGAGAGGUUUGUAUUAUUUUUUUUUUCUCUUUUUCACAUGUGAGUGUAGCAAUGUAACAGGCAGAAUAGCCAUAAAACAGACUUGCCAGUCCUGUUCUGCAGUGUUAUGUGUGACAAGGAGAAAGUGUUGGUUGCAGGUCUUGGGUAGGGUCUUCUGAUGAAAGUGGGAGCUGUGGGGAACUCAGGCCUGUUUGGAUUCCAGCACGUAGCAGGAGGUAAUGAAGACAGGCAGGCAUCCUACCUCCUGCAGAGGGCCAUGAGAAGCUGAGAGGAUGGGAACCCCGUCUCCUCGUCCGGUCCUUACUGCUGGAUGCUGUGCGUGUCCCAGGUGGUGUGAUGGGGAGGGGAUGUGCAGCCUCCUCCCAGUUCAAAGCUAAAUGUGGCCCUGCAAAUCCCAGCUGGAUCCUUUCCCCAGUCAAGCAGGCAGCAGAAGGGAGCUUUCCUCAGCCUGCUCCUGUGUGGACCCUGCUAUCUUUGGUGCGGUGUGAAACACCCACCCUGGUCUUAGAGAGGAGCCAGGCACCGAGCUGUUGGGAGCUUUUCAAGCCGACCUGCUUCUCGGCAUGCCCAGGCACAUCCUCAGCUUCUUCCACUGACUUUAGACCUCAUGGUCGUGGAGAGAAUGAGACAGGGGCAGAGGGAGAAUACAAAAACAACCUCGCAGGAGCAACCUCAUAUUAAAUAGAAUAGAAGCAGCAUUAGUGCUUCCUGGAAACACACUGCUUAUGCUGUUAAAGACGGGAAGUAGAGACGUAGCUGUGAGUUAAAGGUUUCUAGGAUAAAUUAAUCUCAGUCUCUUAAACAUGCAGGUCCUUCCAACAGUGAGCAUUACAACUGAAUUCUCUCCACUUUUCCAGCUGCUUCUAAUGACUUUACUGGACGUUUUUACACAGUCAGGCCCUCUCUCAAAGGGAGGGCACAAAGGGAGAAUGCUUGUGAUUUGCUGUUAUUUUGAAAACAGUCUUUGUGUUCUACUUUCCAUCAUGUUUCCAGUCUUCCCUUUUCCUUUCCAGGGAGUGAAGCCAAUUUAAUCUCUUCAAGCAGCACAGGCACUAUUUCAGCGCAUCAAGUCCCCAUGUCUGCUGCUGGAAGCAAAAGAUCUUCUUUUUCUCUCGAGUAAGCACAGCAGUUUUUUCCGGGAUAGUGCAAGUGUUGCUAGUGCAGAGGUAGACGACUAGGUCUGGUCUUGCAGCUAAUGCGUACAGUAUCAGUAUUGUGAGUGUUAAAACAAUUUGGGGAACACUAUGCUCUCAGGCAACACUAACACAGAUGAGAACUGUGAUACAAGAAAGAAACAAAAAAAGAGCUGUAUUUGGAGGAAAAAAAAAAAAAGAA